GGCUUCGCACUAUCUCCUCCUGUGGAUGAACUCAAGGGAGGCUCUGCCCGGAGACCAAUGACGAUGAAGAAGGGAGAAUUCCCAUUGGUCCUUCCGCUUUUCUGGGCCCUCCCAAUUACGAAGUCCGAGGAACCGCUUCCUCUCCCCAAACCAGACCCCCCCAAUUCCGCCUGUGGGGCUGGGAGCCUCCGCGUCUCUCUCCCCGCUCUCUGGGGGCGCUGGUGGGGCGGCGUCCAUGGGCUCCGUUGGGGUCCCUCUUCUGUUGCUGGCGGGGGCGCUGGCCCGGAUCCCCGGAAGCGAAGGGGGGGAGGAGACGCCUGGACGAAGAUGGAGCCCCCGUUCCCUAAUUAUGGCCGAGCCCAUUUCCUGGCCCAGUGGAAGACCGAGUGCCAUUUCUCCAACGGGACGCAGCGGGUGCGACACCUGGAGCGGCAGUUCUACGACCGGCAGGAGAUCUCCCGCUUCGACAGCGACCGCGGGAAAUACGUGGCCGUCACUCCGUUGGGGCAGCCCGAUGUGGACAAGUGGAACAGCGAUAAGACCUACCUGCAGUACGAGAAGGCCUCCGUGGAUCGCUUCUGCCGACACAACUACGAGGCUCUCCAGAGCGAUUCCGUGGUUGGCCGGAGAGCCAAGCCCACCGUCUCCCUCUCCCCCACCAAGAUGGAUCCCACUUCCCCUAACACCAUCCUCCUCUGCAUCGUGAGGGGCUUCUACCCCGUGGAGAUCGAGGUCCGGUGGCUGAAGAACGGGCGGCCGGAGGAGGAGGGCGUGGCCUUCGGGGAGGAGCUCCAGAACGGAGACUGGACCUACCAGCUCCACGUGAUGCUGGAGACCCAGCCCCAGCGGGGGGACGUCUACACCUGCCAGGUGGAGCAUGCCAGCCUGGAGGCCCCCAUCAGCGUCCAGUGGGAGCCCCGAUCCUCCAAUUCUGCCAGGAGCAAACUCUGGACGGGGAUCGUGGCAGCCGUGAUCGGGGUGAUCUUCUUUGCCAUGGGGCUCUCCCUGUACCUGAAGAGCAAGAAAGCAAUUCCCAUCCAGCCUCCUGCAGCACACAUGAAUUAAUCCUGCUGUCCUUCCUGCUUCCUGUUGGGAGAGGAAGGGGCUUUUUUCCAUUAGCUGAUGAAUUUCUGUCUCUUUUUUGCAACCUCUGAAAAAUGGAGGGUCAAGAUUUUAGACUGGGGGGAGGAGGAGAAUGGCAGCCUGGAGCUUUUCCUGCUGAGACCCCUCUGGCUUUCCUUUGAAGGCCUCUCUUUCUUGUGAGGGAGCGGUGGAGACCAUCUAGACUGACCCCUGGGACUCUGGACCUGCCUGUCAGUCCAGACACCCAAAUCUCUUCCGGCGUUAAAUCCACAGCAGCUUCAUCUUCAUUACUCUUCAUCCGAAUCCCUUCCCUUCGCUUUGCUAUAAAAGAAUAAACAUUGUAGGAAAAAUC